AUGUCUUUGACUUUCUCUGACGCUGCCCGCGAGCAGGUCGAGAACCCCCGGAUGGAAGAAGAGAUAGACUACGAGGCACUGCCGUCGACGGCGCCCCUGCGGCAUCAACUGAUGGCAGGUGCCUUCGCAGGGAUAAUGGAGCACUCGGUGCUGUUCCCAAUAGACGCUUUGAAGACGAGGAUGCAAUCUGCGGCCGGUGUUGGUACCAGUUCCGGUGUUGCAAACAGCAUGCUGGCACAAAUAACACGGAUAUCCACCGCCGAGGGAUCUCUCGCACUGUGGAAAGGUGUACAAUCUGUGAUCUUGGGUGCUGGACCAGCGCACGCCGUCUACUUUGCAACAUACGAGUGGGCGAAGACGUCGCUCAUAAACCCAGAGGACAUACAGACGAUUCAGCCGCUGCGGGUCGCAGCCAGCGGGGCGCUCGCAACGAUUGCCGCAGAUGCGCUGAUGAACCCAUUUGACACGAUCAAGCAGCGGAUCCAAUUGAAGACGGAUUCUUCCGUGUGGCAGACUGCAUCCAGGAUAUACAAAGGUGAGGGUCUCUCCGCGUUCUACACAUCGUAUCCAACGACUCUGGCCAUGAAUAUACCUUUCGCGGCGUUUAACUUCAUGAUAUACGACACCACCACCAAGGUGCUCAACCCAACUAAUACUUAUAACCCGUUCGUCCACUGUUUCUGCGGUGGUCUCAGCGGUGCCCUGUGCGCGGCCAUCACAACCCCACUGGACUGCAUAAAGACUGUGUUACAGGUGAGGGGCAGCGAUUCUGUCUCCACGGAUAUCCUGAAGAGGGCGGACACUUUCAACAAGGCCGCGAGAGCGAUCUUCCAACUGUACGGCUGGAAGGGGUUUCUCAGGGGAUUGAAUCCAAGAGUCAUCUCAUUUAUACCGGCGACAGCAAUCUCGUGGACAUCUUACGAGAUGGCAAAGCAUUUCCUUUUGGGUUAA